UGGUGCCGUUCUUAAAAAUCUACUAUAUAUAUGCUUGCGGAAGAGGUCGUGACGUCAUCUCGUUACGUUGUACGCUUACGCCCCCCACCUGCUUUUUUGCCUUCUUGCGUGGGUUCAAUUUCCACGUUCCUUCCAAGCCUUAUCCCCUUUGCUUUUCUCUAUAUAAUUUUCCUCCGCCCUUUUUGUUACUACCACCACGGUUUCUACCCCCAGCAUCAAACGCCUUGAUCAGAGAAAAGAGGGAGGGAGGGGCUUAGAGUUAAAGUUGGGGAUGGGAUCUCAUGAUCAUGAUCGAGGCAGUUCAUGGCAGAUGGUGAAGACGAUGGUGAUCGAAGAGUUGCUCAAGGGGCAGGACUCGGCUACUCGCCUGCAAGCCCUGCUGCAGUUUGAGGAGAGCCCUCUGCUGGGGAACUCUUCUGGUGGCAAUCCGAUGAUGGAGUUGGUCGCUGAGGUAAUAGAAACCUUCUCAGGAGCAAUCACUUUGUUGGGCAAGGAGACAACACCUGAAGCGCCACUUGCUCAGGCCAGUUCUGAUGAACAGAAGAGUGAAAUCUCCUGUAUGAAGAGGAAGAUCCAAACACCAAGAAGAUCCGGAUAUAGAAGAAGAUCACAUCCAUACACAUGCAGAACAAUUAUUACCAAGGAGAUCGAAGAUGGCUACACAUGGAGAAAGUAUGGACAGAAGAUCAUAUACGGUACUACACAUCAAAGAAGCUACUACAGAUGCUCACACAAGUUUGACAGAGGUUGCCAAGCCACGCGACAAGUCCAGAAGACAGAGGAUGCCUCCAUGUUCACCAUCAUCUACAUGGGAGAACACACAUGCGUGGAUUCAACCAAGUUAGCGACGCCUUGGAUUAUCAGUUUCAAUUCAGGAGACACUGCAAAUACUCACCAAGAAGCUCCUCUUUCUUCUGCGCCACUUCUCCCCCCAAUAAAGCUGGAGUGCGAUGAAGAAGUGCUAAGCAAUAACUCACCUCGCAGUGGCUCAACAGAACUUCUGGUGCUCCCUGACUUCUCAGACUUCGAAGGUUCUGCUCCAGUGGCGCAUUUCAUGGGGGUUACUUGGGACCAAUUGGAUGUUACAUCAAGCAUUCGAUCUUCUACCAGCAGCUUAGAUAUGGAAUUUGAUCCAGAGACAUUCAGGCUUGAUGAUAUGCUGGACUUCAGCGAGGGCUAGUUCAUCAAUUAGAUGGGUUUUAAGCUGCAAGUAUAGUGUAUAUUGUAACUGGCUAUUUAGAAUGCCAUCAAGUAUCAUUCUGAUAUGUAGAACCAUAUAUGCUAUUUUGAGCUAAUUUACAAGAAAGUAGCUAUGAAUGCAUUGGAUGUUUUUGAAGUGUCA